AUGUCGAAUCCAUCCUUGCACAGCUGCACCGUCGACUUGGUCACAGGGGUCCUUCAUGGCCUCAAUGAGAGGAAAAGUCUGAUGUUCUGUUUCUUCUUCAUGACCCAACCAGCUGUGAACGAGACUCCUGACUGGGCUCGGUACCGGUACCGAGGACCGGCCCGCUGUGGACCGGCCCUCUGUAGACCGGUCCACAACAGACCGGUCCACAACAGACCGGUCCACAGCGGGCCGGUCCACAACAGACCGGUCCACAACAGACCGGUCCACAGCGGGCCGGUCCACAACAGACCGGUCCACAACAUUUCGGUCCACAGCGGGCCGGUCCACAACAGACCGGUCCACAACAGACCGGUCCACAACAGACCGGUCCACAGCGGGCCGGUCCACAACAGACCGGUCCACAACAGACCGGUCCACAGCGGGCCGGUCCACAGCGGGCCGGUCCACAACAGACCGGUCCACAACAGACCGGUCCACAACAGACCGGUCCACAGCGGGCCGGUCCACAGGAGAGAGCCGGCCUUCCCCUCGGCUCAGCGUUUACUCUGGCAGAGUGGCAGCGGAGGAGGUCCGGCUGGUUUCCAUGGGGACGGGUCCAAAUGUUCCCCUUUAUUAAAACAUGUGGUGUGUGAAGACGCCUGCCCCCCCCCAGCUGAUGGAAAUAACUCCCCAGGUCCAGAGCUCUGCGGGACUUCUCUCUGCUGGCGCCUCCGUUGA